ACACGUGAACAACAGGUAUCCUAGAUGUGUUGUUCUUUGACUUCAAUCUAUUGAACGCAGCUAUUUUAGUUGCUUCAGUUGUCUCUCUACUUGGUCAUUUCUGUUGAUUUUAAAACUCCUUUAAGGAAGAUGGUUCAUAAUAGUCUUUUUAUGUUGCUUUUCUUGGCUUGUUUUGUACGUCUAUCCUUGUGCUACCCUGUUGACAGUGACCUAGGCUCAGGAAGUGGGGCUGGGAGUUCUACUGGGGACCACAGGCCUCCACAUCCAAAAGUAACAAUACCAUGCAAGCCAAAGGUAGUGGACCACAGUAGAGGAGUCUACAUGCACGCACAUCCCAACUACCCUAACUUGCCUGGAGCUCCUGGAGGGGCAUUCCAUGCCCAAUACAUGCAUUCAGCAGGAGGAAUUGGCAAAGGAAGGAAAAGAUCUCUUCGAGAGAGUAUGAUGAGAUUGUUUAAAAUCAGGACACACUAGAUUAACAGUUAUAUUUCUACCCCCACUUGAAGAUCAAAUUCAAAGGCCCAUUUGAUGCUUCGAUUAGUUUUACAAGGAUUUUUUACAUCAACGACGCAAGUUCAAUGACUUUGAGGACUUUGAGAUGCGGAUAUAAAAAAUAAAUUUGGGAUACCUGUGUCAUGAUAUGAUAAUAUGAUUCUGAGCUGAGAGUUUCUAUUACUAUAUUUGAUAUACAAGUUUGUAAGUUAAUGUCUAGAUUUGUAAAAGCAUUUUUUAUAUUUUAAUCGUAUUAAAAAGUUUAAAAUUAA